AUACAAACAAUUUUUUAGUCCGGGAAACUUCUUAAACUUUCUUAAAGAGAGUGCCGCCACCGAACCCGCCGCCUGCGCCGUCCCUUCCUAGGUUUUCGGCGGCCGCUUUCCGCUACGAAGAUAAAGCCUCUCUCUUUUAUUAACCUCAACAAUCAGUUUUUAAUUUUCGAAUGGCUAAAUCGUCGAAUCCGGAAGGGAAGACCGUGGUUCGAAUCGUGGUGGCCGGAGACCGAGGCACUGGAAAGUCGAGCUUGAUUGUAACAGCCGCCGCCGACACUUUCCCGACGAAUGUGCCCCGCUUGUUACCGCCUACUCGGUUGCCCGAAGAUUUCUACCCCGACCGUGUCCCAAUCACCAUCAUCGACACCUCCUCCAAUCCGGAGGAUAGAGGUAAACUAGCAGAAGAGCUGAAGCGAGCUGAUGCUGUUGUGCUUACUUAUGCUUGUGAUCAGCCUGAAACUCUUAACAGAUUGAGUACUUUCUGGCUUCCAGAACUUCGCCAAUUAGAGGUGAAAGUACCUGUCAUAGUAGUAGGCUGUAAGCUGGAUUUAAGAGAUGACCAGCAGCAAGUGAGCUUGGAACAGGUGAUGUCACCUAUAAUGCAACAGUUUCGGGAGAUUGAAACUUGUAUUGAGUGUUCAGCAUAUAAACACAUUCAGAUCCCUGAGGUUUUCUACUAUGCACAAAAGGCAGUGCUUCAUCCAACAGGCCCACUAUUUGAUCAGGAAUCACAAACUCUGAAGCCACGUUGUGUGAGAGCCUUGAAGCGAAUUUUUAUUCUUUGUGAUCAUGACAGGGAUGGUGCUCUUAGUGAUGCAGAAUUGAAUGAUUUUCAGGUCAAGUGUUUCAAUGCUCCAUUACAACCUUCGGAAAUAGUCGGUGUGAAACGGGUUGUGCAAGAUAAGCUGGUUGAAGGAGUCAAUGAACGUGGUCUUACGUUGACUGGUUUUCUAUUUCUUCAUGCACUAUUCAUAGAAAAAGGACGCCUUGAGACAACAUGGACUGUCCUGAGGAAGUUUGGAUAUAACAAUGAUAUCAAACUUUCAGAUGAUCUAAUCCCAUAUUCUUCAUUUAAACGAGCUCCUGAUCAGAGUGUGGAGCUGACGAAUGAAGCUAUUGAAUUCUUGAAGGGAGUCUAUGAAUUGUUUGACGGUGACUUAGACAAUAACCUUCGGCCUAUUGAAGUUGAGGAUGUUUUUUCAACUGCUCCAGAAAGUCCUUGGAAUGAUGCUCCAUAUAAGCAUGCUGUGGAAAAAACUGCACUGGGAGGGCUAUCACUUGAUGCAUUUUUGUCAGAGUGGGCCCUUAUGACACUCCUGGAUCCAGCUCGUAGCUUGGAGAAUUUGAUAUACAUUGGAUAUCAUGGAGAUCCUUCCUCUGCCAUCAGCGUGACUAGGAGAAGGCAUCUAGAUCGAAAGAAGAAACAAUCAGAAAGAAAUGUUUUCCAGUGCUUUGUUUUCGGUCCAGUGAAUGCUGGGAAAUCUGCAUUAUUGAAUUCUUUUCUUGGCAGGCCCUAUAUUGAUUCAUGUUCUCCAACUACUGAUGAGCAAUAUGCUGUGAAUGUUGUGGAACUACCUGGGGGAAUAAAGAAAACUCUAGUCUUGCGAGAAAUCCCUGAAGAUGGAGUUGCAAAAUUGCUAGCUAGUAAAGAGUCAUUGGCCACCUGCGACAUAGCAGUAUUUGUUCAUGACAGUUCUGAUGAGUCUUCAUGGAAGAGAGCAACUGAAUUGCUUGUGGAUGUUGCUGGUCAUGGUGAAGAUACUGGUUAUGAGGUGCCUUGCCUCAUUGUUGCUGCUAAAGAUGAUCUGGAUUCAUUUCCAAUGGCAAUACAGGAUUCUACCAGGGUUAGCCAGGAUAUGGGGAUAGAAGCGCCUAUACCUAUCAGUGCAAAAUUGAGUGAUUUCAAUAACAUAUUCCGAAGGAUAGUAAACGCAGCUGAGCAUCCUCAUUUAAGCAUUCCUGAAACUGAGGCUGGGAGAAGCAGGAAGCAAUACCAUCGGCUCAUAAACCGAUCUCUCAUGUUUGUUUCUGGUAUGCUGAUGGUCUGGCAUCCCACAACUGUUUUAUUCUCAAUGCACUUGAAGCUUUUGGUUCUUGAAAAUGUUGUUUACCAUGUUGGAGCUGCUGUAGCCAUUGUUGGAUUGGCAGCUUACCGCGUAUAUGCUGCAAGGAAAAGUACCUCCAGUUGAGGGAUGAGGUUAUGUCAUCUUCUUAGACACAGCUGUGCCAUGAAUUUUCAAAUUUCGUUGGCCCACUUUUCAGGGUCAUACUGAAAACCCUUAUCUGUAGAAAAAGAUAUGCAAAAUUCUACUGUCAUUUUAGGGGUGCAAGAGUAUGAACAUUAAGAAAGAGUACAAUAAAAAAUUUUGCUACAGAUUUUUAACCAUUUUGUUGCAAUGCUCAUUGCUGUGUACAUGUUGCUGAACUAAAAUAGACUACCGGCAAAGGUGUGGCAUUUCUAGUUCCCCCUCUUCUAUAGUUUGGAUUUUCUUACACAUCAUCUCGAAUUUGAGGUUUUUUCUUUUCUUAAAAACUUUUAGGGUAGGAUUGAACAAUGCUGAAGGAGAGGGAUUUCAAGUUUUGAAGUUUGGGUCUUUGAUUUUGGAAGGUGAACAAAGUUGCUAUAACUUUUAUAAGGCUCCGUCUCUGUGACAGCCGACUGGCGAUUCAGGGUCGUCUUUUGGUUUUAUUGUUUCUUCGGCCAACCUCAUGAUCAGUUUGAUGGUCUAUAUCACCUUCUCUUUCUAUCUUCAAUCAAUACUUCUUGAAGACCUCAGUCGUGACAUGAACUUCAAUAUCCAAACUGAACAAGACAACAAUGUGAUUAAAGAGUUCUUAAGGGGACAUAAAAAUUUUGGUUUCGAAUCAGAACUGUAGUUCCUUUCUCAUGGGUUAUGCCUAUCUUUGGUAAAAAAAAAAAAAA